AUGGCCUUCACAGACCCUGGGUCCCAUUCUGCUUUUUCAGAGGUUCUUCUUUUCCGGGUUCUAAGUAGCCAGGAAACUGAGUUUCAUGGAAUUUUUGUUUUAUUUGCUUUUGUUUUUGUGGUGCUGAGGAUUGAACACAAGGCCUGCCACGUGCUAGGUUACCCUUUCCCUACUGCUCCUCCUGUGGAUCCUUUUGCCAAAAUCAAAGUGGAAGACUGUGGAAAAACUAAGGGAUGCUUUAGAUAUGGCAAACCAGGCUGUAACGCAGAGACCUGUGACUACUUCCUUAGCUACCGGAUGAUAGGGGCUGAUGUGGAAUUUGAGCUGAGUGCUGACACCGAUGGCUGGGUAGCAGUUGGAUUCUCUUCAGACAAGAAAAUGGGUGGUGAUGACGUCAUGGCCUGUGUCCAUGAUGACAAUGGCAGGGUCCGCAUACAGCACUUUUAUAACGUAGGCCAGUGGGCAAAGGAGAUUCAGAGAAAUCCUGCCAGAGAUGAAGAAGGAGUCUUCGAGAACAAUCGUGUCACCUGCAGGUUUAAACGCCCUGUGAAUGUUCCCAGAGAUGAAACAAUUGUCGAUCUCCAUUUGAGUUGGUAUUACCUGUUUGCCUGGGGUCCAGCCAUUCAGGGCUCUAUCACCAGACAUGAUAUAGACUCUCCACCAGCUUCUGAACGCGUCGUCAGUAUUUACAAGUAUGAAGACAUUUUUAUGCCGUCCGCUGCCUAUCAAACCUUCUCAUCUCCGUUUUGCUUGCUUCUCAUUGUUGCCCUGACCUUCUAUUUAUUGAUGGGAACUCCUUAACCACAGCUUCAAGGUCAACAGAUUACAUGGAUCAGAAUACCUUUAGUAUAAAUAUAUUUUCCUAGAAUAACCAGUGUAAAUUUAGCUUGUGUGACUUAAAAACAACUCAUGAUUUUAGCUUUUCAAAAGAAAGAACAAGCUUCCUUUCUAGUUAAAGAGGAUUGUUUAAUAAUGGUCCUAAUUUUGGAAACUACUUAAAACUUUUGUAAGCACUUUCAGAUAUGUUUUUUUUUUAUUUGAGCUUCACAAUACUCUGUGUUGGUUUGAUAAAAUUAUGAGUACCAUCUUCCUUAUAGGAUUUCAAAUUUGGAAAGGCUGCCUUUUAAUGACUUUUUAUAUGUUGUGUAGCCUUAGCCACUUGGUCACAUGACACAUAGCAAGGUAGAGAAAGAGCUAGGAGCAGAAAUCAAGUCUCUGAAUGGUCUUUAGUGUUAAGUGCUGCAGCCCAAGGUAGUUACCUUGAGUGUUACUAGGGAGAACUUUACUGAAAGUCGGAAGUUCACAGGCAGCCUACAGCAAAUUCCUAUACAGCAUCAGUGCUGGGAUGUUUACACAGUUGAUGGGGAAAACAGGAGAGAGUGCACUGAUGUGAAAAUGGUCUGUAUUUCUUUUACAAUUCUCCUAAAUUAGUGCAUAGUUAUGAGAAGAUAUUUUUGUACUGCUGUUUGGGAAAGUUACAAACAGAAUUGUGUGCGUUCCUGAGGAUGUAAAAUGAUUUUAGUGAUGAAACUAUGGGAAUUCUUAGCAGUUAGAAUCUAGGCUCUUCUACCACUGUAUUUUAUAAACUAAGGUACUCAUUUAUGAUUAUAGACAAUUCUGUUGUCAAAGUCAGCAUACAUUUAGUAUGUGUUGGAAUGGACAAAUUAUCUUAACAAAAAUUUAAGGUAUUUUAAUAGUACAUCGACAUUUGGGAGAUUGUAGAGAUUUGAAGCAAAACAUUUAACAUGAGAUAGAUUUGUUUUUAAAUUAGAAAAUUAAAUUAAAUUAAAUUAGAAAAUUCUCCUAUAAAGUAAAUUCACCUGGAGUAUUAAUUCAACCUGUUUAGGCUUGUAACUUAUAGACUGGCAGCCAGUGUAAUUUAUAGUGAUGCCUAGAUGUAGUGUGUUUCCUUUUUACAAAUGAAUCCAAAUAUUCCUUUGUCCCAAAUGUCUGUGCUAAAGGCCUACUUAGAGGAAAGGUUUCUCUGAGCACAGCUACGCUGCUGAGACAUUUCCAUUGCAAUAUUCUAGAGUUCUCUGACAUGGCCCUGUUGCUGGCUCCAACUUUGUGAUUGAGCAACACUGGAGCCUGUGAUUUUUAAAAGCCAUCUUCCAGAUUCGUGUCAGAGGUGAAAGUCUGACUGUGGGGAAAGCUUUCACAUUCUUCUGGACCUGAACCAAAUAAGGAAAACUGUUAUGUUGUGUGACACUGCGUGGUCACCAUGUCUUUCCACGAGAUGUUGGAGAUGUACUUCUCAUUGCAGAUGUGGAGCGAUGAAAUGAUAUGGAACUGGGGAGGGUUACAGACCCAAGAUUCAAGUCCCCAACUCUGCUUUGACUGCCACUGCCUCUUCGCUAAGCCCUCUGUCGUGGCUGAGCAUGGCCUGUGUAGCACCUUCGCAGUGACUGGUUAGGAGUGAGGUUAUUGAGUAUGCAGGCACCCACAUUACAAAUAAGAAAGCACAUAUUUUUAUAUUUUACUCUCAUGUGUAUAAUAUUUGAGCUAUAACUGGGUUAAGACAAAAGAGAGGCUUCAGUUAGUAACGAGGAGGGAAAUUUCCUUCUGCUUAUAUUUCAAGGCAAGCUAUUUAUUUCACUAACUGUUUGUACUUUGAUUACCAGUUUUGCAUAUUUAUGCUUAGACUUGUCACUAAACUUAGUAAAAUGCUAACCAUUUGCUAAGCUCCAAUAUCGUUCCUUCCUCCCCAUUGCUAUGUCCCAGCAAGACUGAAGGGCUCUUAAUUCUACAGAUUUUGCAUUUUUUUCUUUUGCCAGCGGUGGGCAUGGAACCCAGGGCCUUGUGCGUGGACAUGCCAGGAAGAUGUUUUACUGAGCUACACCCUAGCCCCAGACCUGCUCUCUCUCAACUCUCACGAAUUCCAUGUGUUCAGACAUUCUCUGCCUUCUGUGUAUGAUAAAUUAUUUCUCAUCUUUCAGGUCACAGCUUACUUUUUCUUCCAGUCUCCUGGACUAGUAAGGUUUGGGUCUCUGCCCAGUGCUCCUAUAGGUUACUGGGAUUCCUCAUCAUAAUACUCAUCAUAUUUCAUAAUAAUUGCUGCCUUUGUUAUUCCUGCUAACUCCUUAAUGCAGGGACCCUUUCUUGUUACUCAUCUUUGUAGCAGGCCUACUCCAUAAUAGGUACUCAGCGGAUAUUUGUGAAAUAGGUAAAUAUAUGAAAUAUAUGAAUAUAUAUAUAUAUAUAUAUAUUGUUACGGCAAAUUUGUCUCAGAAGGCCUGUGUUUCAUAUAAGUUAUCAGACUGGCCAACAUUUUUAUAUUCUUCCACCCACCUGUGAUCAAACCAUAAACUAUUCUUUUAGCAAACACUAAACUUUGUCUUUUGAAACAUAAAUAGAAAAUCAUUAGUAACAAUGCUAUUUUGCCCUACAGGGGGCCUUAGUUGAUAUUUUAAAAAUAAUAAUAUUUGUUCAGGCAUAAUAAUUCUUCGGGUAGGGAUAUAGAAUAACGUUUGACCAUCACCUCAAAGAACCUUCAAUUCAUAGGCAUGCUGAAGGUAAAACUCUAUGGAGUUUGACUUCAUUCAUUCUUACCUAACAGAAAAAAACUUUUACUUUACCUCUGUAUUCCCAUUUUCUAGUAUAAUACUUGUCACAGGGGAAUUGCUGUACCAGUGUUUUUGUAAAAUGUGUGAAUGGAAUAAUAAUAAUGAUGCUAGCCAAAUGUGUUUAGUGCUGUUCUAAGCAACUUCAUGUGGAUCAGUUCAUUUAAUUCUCAUAGCCAUAGGGAAUUUCUAGUAAUACAAAUUUACAGAUGAAUAAAAUGAGGCUAGUCAUUUGAUAUAAGUUAUCGGGGCUGGUGAGGAAUUUAGAGAAUGUUUAAUAAAUCCAGUGCACUUUUUUUACAAGGGGGCUGCAAAGCCCUAGGAGGUGACAUGAUUUCCUACACAUUCGUGCACCUUUAUGAAAAUUCAUGAAAAUUUUUAUUAAAUGGACCCUACUACUCUUAUUCAAAUUAGUUGCUUACCAUUUUCCCCCUUUAGCAAUUUACAGUGAGUAGGAGGACUUUUUAUAUUUAUAUUUGGGGAAAGGAACAUAUUUUACUUUCUACCAAUUUUCUUUUCUUUUAAA